CGUCGGCCCUGACCGGUAAAAAAUCAGAAGGUCCGAUAAAAAUAUAUGUAUUGACGGCCCGACGGUCCGGUAAAAAAUUAAGGUUUUAUAAAAACCUUACAUUCAACAUUUUGCAAAGGCCGAUCAUUUACCUAAAUUCAAAACAUAUCAAAAUGUUGUCAUUACACAAUAUAAGCUCGUGCAAUGCUUGUCAACUGUUAUGCAUUCUCAUAAUGCAAACUUUUAUGUAACUACGUAAGAUAAAAAUAUCCGACAACUAGUACAAUUAAAAGUCAAUAAGCGGCCACGUAAAUUACAUAAGCGGCCCAGAUGUGAAAGGUCACCCGCUAUUAGUUUGUUUACACAGAUGAAAGUGUCAGUGUAUUAAUUGGAACAAUUUACGUCUUUAAUCCACAGACUUAGAGUAAUGCUUAAUUACACGUGUGCUCAACUGGUGUUUAGCUAUGAAAGAUCGUCCAAGAUGUUGACAAAAAUUAAACUAUACUGUGAAGUGAUAGUUCCAAGAAACUUUAGACUAUUGGAGGAAUUGGAGCAGGGACAGAAGGGUUCUGGAGAUGGUACAAUAAGUUGGGGACUUUUACACGAUGAUGAUCAGACUCUAACUGAAUGGACAUGUAUGAUCUUGGGGCCGCAGAAGUCCAAUUUUGAAGGGAGAAUGGUUAUGUUAAAUAUCACAUGUGGACAGAAUUACCCCGAGGAGAGACCUACUGUACAUUUUGUUACUAAAGUAAAACUACCCUUUGUAACAGAUAGAGGAUUGGUGGAUUUUAAGUUAGUUCCAGAAUUAAAGAAUUGGUCAUCAAAAUGUACAAUAAAGCAGCUACUGACCGGUAUACGGAGGAUAUUGGCGUCAAAGGACUACAUGAAAAUAAGUCAACCGGCCGAUGGUGCAACUUUCUGAUAUCUACAAAAGAAAAUCUUUAUACGACUCUUAUAGACUUAAAACUGAAAAAAUUGAUAGAUUCUGAACUGUUUCUCUCUGGAAAUUGAGACUGUCAUAAUAUAGCAGUUUUCCUUGAGCUUACUCGUUUAUCAACAAAGGAAUAAAUGCAUGUCCUUGCACAUGAAGAGCGUUAAUGUAGAAAAUGAGCGUUUUACUUUUACAAUUUAAAGCUAAGCUCAUUAAAACCGUUUUUUUAUUUCUUUCAAGAAAUGAACAAAAAAAAAAUUAUGUACCACUAAUUUCACUUUGAUCCACGAUGUUGAUUAAUGUUUGAUAAUUAUUGUAUGAUUUCUUUCUACUUUCGUCUGAUGACUCUAUUACAUUGGUCUUUCAUCUUGCUAUAUAAGUAUAUUUAUCUUUGAUUGUUUCCCUUGGGGAAAGAAGGAACGAUUUGAUACCAACGUAAUACGGUCAUCAGGUGAAUGCCACUAUAUACCGGCAAAAUGUAUUUUUGUAACUUCUAUAAUUAUUGAAAUCUUGUCAAUACCAGUUUAAGUCAGUUAUCCGUACUCUCUUUUCAAAAGUUACGAAAAUUAUAGUCACUCAAGCUUAAAUUUUUUAAAGGUACAUACACAGCAUUUUACCAAAAAAACAAAAACAAAAAAAUUCGGACUUGUUUGAUUUAUAUUCAAAUUAGAUUUUUUUUUGAUUAUAAGAAUUGAUAAAAUAUACAUGAACUAGUGUUAUUAUUUUAUAAAGUCAGUCUUGAUUUUCUUGUAAGGGAGAAACAUAAGUGCUUUUUUUUGUUUACUCUGCUGACCUUUUUCAUUUUAAUAUAUUUUUUUUUCUCUACAAAUGUUUUGUUUCACUUAUUGUUGA